AUGAUCGUCUUAUGGAUUACAUUGUUUUUUUCUCAUCGAGGAUAUUCUUUGGUUCCAGUGGAAACAGUUCAGCUUGGUGAAUCAGCGACCUUAACAUGUGCUUUACCCAAAGGGCUCCAAAGUGGAGAAGUCCACUGGUACAAGCAGAGUGUCGGGGAAACUCUUAAGUUAAUUAUGACACUGUUUAAAUCUGCAGCACCACAGUAUGGUCCUGAAUUUUCUAAAUCAAAAUUUAAGGUGCAUAAUGAUAACAAUUUCAGCAAUGUGACUAUUUUGAAGACAGUCCUAGAGGACGAGGGAUUCUAUCACUGUGCGCUCACAGAAUGGAUUAGGACUAACUGGAGCGGGACAUAUUUGUAUGUAAAAGGAAACUAUCAGAAAACAUCAGAAAGUGUUGUUGUUCAGGAGCUGAUAGGCUCAAAUCCACUCCGUCCAGGAGACAAUGCAACUUUCCAAUGUUCAGUCCGCUCUGACACUGACAGCCAGACCUGUCCCAGAGGUCUCAAUGUCCUCUGGUUCAGAGCUGGAUCACAUGAAUCUCAUCCAGUCAUCUACACUGAUGGAAAUAAAUGCAACAAAAGUGAGAAAAGAUUAGAUUCACAGAAAAGAUGUGUUUACAACUUCUCUAAGAAAGUCAGCUCCUCUGAUGCUGGGACUUAUUACUGUGCUGUGGCCAAGUGUGGGGAGAUACUGUUUGGAAAUGGAGCUACACUGGAAGUUGCGCAAACAACACAAUCUGUAUUUAUUCAAACGGCAUUAUUAAUCAUCUGUUUGGCUAUUUCUGUCAUUGGAAAUGUUUUCCUCAUCUACAACCGAAGCGCAUGUAAACCAAUUAAAGGCGCAGAAAGUGCUAUACCUGAAAAUGACAACUCAUGCCAACCACAGACUGACGUUGAUGAAGAACUAAAUUACGCUGCACUGAAUUUCUCUGAAAGAAAAACAAGAGGAAGAAGGAAGAGAGAGUGCACUGAGAACAGUGUCUACUCUCAAGUUAAAUGA